UUUUUUUCACAAAAAGCAGUCUUUGUCACUUGUAGUUUUGGUUAAAAUAAUAUCAUUGUGAAUUGUACAACUGAAUUUGCCUUAAUGAUCUGCUGGUUCCCACUCCUGCAUGCCGUUGUGAAUUAAUCUUUUAAUGUAUUGCAUUUUGUGCAAGUGCAAGUUAUGAGCACCUCUUUAGCCCACCCAAGCUGUACAGCUUUAAUCCUUUUUUAUAUAAAAGCAUACAACUUUAUCUUCUAAUCCAUCAGUAUCAGUAUUCCUUAUUUGCUUUGACCUCAGAAACCGUUCCAGUCUAUGCUGUGUAAACACAGGUCAAUACAUCAGGUAGUCGCUAAACCCUCGGGAUUAACAAUUCCCCAUUUACUCGCAGUCAGGUGUACUCUGUUGAAGAAAGGGCGCCUUUAAUGCAGUGUGACAGACUUGUCUUUGUACAAUAUCCAGUGUACUGAGUACUUGACAUGGAUCUAUAUAAGGAGGCAGAGGAAAGUGCCAACUCACCUCAUUGUCCUGAGGACUUAGGAGCAGAGAAAAUGCUAGCAUUCCUCAUUUGCAUCGUGGCAGUGCAUCAGGUGCACUCAGCAUGUGUUUUGCCAGACGAUUGCCCACAAAAUGCAAUGGUUCAGGCUGAGAUCGUAGACGUGCACAAUGCGUUCAGGAGAGCGGUUCAGCCUUCGGCGUCUGACAUGCUCAUAAUGGUCAGUCGUGCUUUCAACUCUAACAGUGAAUGUGGCUCCACAAGUGUUUACUCACAAUCCUCAGCAUUUGUUCUCCCUCCUUCCCUCCUGGAUUUGCAGAUCCCAAUAAAUAAUCAGCGCUGCCAUGUUUCCCACUGUCAAAAAGGAUAUCACUUGGGCGAGAAUCUGUUCUAUUCAUCUUCUCUUAUGUCGUGGACUGAUGUCAUCAAUGCGUGGCAUAGUGAGGUAGAACACUACAAUUACCCCACUGGAUCCACCAAUGGAAAAUCUAUUGGUCACUAUACACAGGUCAUAUGGAACAGCUCAUACAAAGUUGGCUGUGGAGCAACGCUGUGCCCUAACAACAUCUAUUACUAUGGCUGCCAUUAUUAUCGCGCAGGAAACUUCAGGCGAUGGCCGCCUUACACACCUGGAUCCCCAUGUGGCUCCUGUCCUAACAACUGCGUGGACAAACUCUGCAACAACCCCUGUCCAUAUAUAGACCAUUACAUCAACUGUCCAAUCUUGAAAAACACCACUGGAUGCAGUAAUGAGCUGGUGAAGGCUUGGUGCCCUGCUUCAUGCACAUGCACCACCGAGAUCAUUCCAAUAGGCUAAAGGCUAAACUGUUGAGUCUGCAAACUGAGCUGCAGCCCAGCACUGUUCACAUGUUCUUUGUUGGCUCUCUGUCUGUAACAUGAGAUAAGAUACCAAUGACAUAUGAAAGAAAAUAAAUAAAGACAAAUCUGUUCUAUUGUCUGAAGGACAUUUUUUUAACACUUCAC